UUUUUCUUAUAUAGUGUUAUUUUCUUUUUGCUGUUGUUUCAAUUUAAUUUGCAUUUAAUAAUGAAGUUGUUGUCUGAAGUUGCCGACAAAUUCCACAAUUGGGUUCCACCAACAAAAAUGACCAAAUCUUAUUCGUUCUUUGAUCAAUUUAUCGUAACGUGUAUACUUUAAAUAGAAAUGUAAUGAGCCUUCUUGUUUGUUUCACUUUACACAGAUCUAAGCAUUAUUUUCUGACAGCCUAAUUUUGGAAAUGUAAGAGCACAAAUAGAAUCAGAAUGACAUAAGCCUCCUACAACUCACAAUAGUACAAGGCCAAAUUACUUACUUGAAUACUUAAGCCUGUUGCCCCUCGGGAAGGAACACAAGCCGCCCGCCAGAAUUCUCCAUGGAACUCUGUCCUGAGCAGCAAGGCCAAAUUAGCAAACCACAACAGUAAAAAAAAAGUGAUGAACUCACAUAACUGGUCUAGUUUUGACCAAACAGUUAUGUUUACUGAACAUUCAAAAAAUUCCUCAUUCAAUGUUACAAAUGAUAACUUAAACCCAAUAACUUUUUUUCCAAACAACCAUGAAAUUCAUACAGAUUCAUUUCAUUCAAACUCAGCAAACUUUAUGCAUGAAGAAUUGAAGCAACAGGAUCAUUCAUUUAUUUCAACUAAGAAUGUUCAACGUUCUUAUGUAACGAAAAAACAUCAGAAAUGCACUACAUCUGACAAUGUUAGUUCGCAAUGUUUUAUUGAACCCUCAUUAGUUGUCCCAACUGGUAUAAGACGUCGUGGUCCUAAAAAGAAGCCAGAUUCACAAGAACGUGUUGUUAGAAUGAAAAUGAGACGAGCUAGAGCUAAUGCACGUGAACGUAGCCGAAUGCAUGGAUUAAAUUCAGCAUUAGAUGCCUUAAGACAACACAUACCAUCUGCUUUAUUCGGUGGAUAUAUUUCCUUUGAUCUUGAUAAAAAAGAUGACACAACUAUCUGUACUACUCAUACCAAUCAAAAACAAAAUGAAAGUAAUAAAUUAUUCUCGAAAAAUCAUCAAACCAACAAUCCAAUAGAUCAAAUAAACAACAAUAAUAAUGUGAAUAAUUUUCAUCAAUUUGGUCAAAAAUUAAGUAAAAUUGAAACGCUUCGUUUAGCUUGUAAUUACAUUGGUCUUUUAGCUUCAAUAUUAAAUGAUAUACACUUUGAAUCGAUAACAGAUAUUAUAAAAUAUUUAUGUCAUGGUUUGUCACAGAUAACGACUAAUCAGAUUGCAGCUGCUUUACAAAGUGAUCCUUCUAGAUUAAUGAAGCAUCAUGUAUCUGAUAGUAAUGAAAAUAAGUUACCAUAUGAUCAUUCUUACAAAUCGUCAUCAUCCAUUUCAUCAUCACCAAUUGAUGAUGAUGAUGAUGAUGAUGUUAAUUAUACAAAAAAAAUUCAACAAAAUGUUAUAAGGUCAAAUUUAUUACAAAAUAAAUUGACCGAUGAACAAUUAAUGAACCAUUUAGAUUAUUAUUAUUAUUAUUCAAAUAAUGUUUCAUUGACCAUACCAACUAAUCAGUCUACAUCAAUUUCAAAUGUUAGUCAAUCUCUAGGAAAUUGUUCAUCAAAUUGUACAGAAUUAUUAAAAUCUCAAAAUGAUCUAUUAAAUAAUAAAUUGUAUGAAUAUGAAAAUGUUGUAUAUGAUUAUGAACAAUAUGAAAUGAAUGAAUAUAGUUUAACAAUUCCUUAUUUACCUACUCAUUAUAAUGAAAAUAAUGAUAAUAAUCAGUUAAAUGAAUCAAUGAAUCAUGAACAUUCGAUGAACAACACAAAAUUACAAUUACUUAAUAAUGAAGAAAUAAAUUUUAUUACUCCGUUAGAAACUAGUAAUUCAAUUCAUAUUUCAACUGAUUCUAAGGAACCAAUUUUAAAUUCAGAUCCUGAUCUAAGAUCUUAUUCAUAUUAUUGUCAUUAUCAUCAUUUAAAUGGUCAUUAUUAUGAUUCAUAUUGAGUAGUGAAUAUUACUACUUGUUAUUACGAUUAGUAAUUAUGAAAAAAAAGUUUUUUUUAAUAUAAAGUAAUAUCGAAUUUGAUAAAUAUUAGUGAUAUUGUUAAUAAUAGUUGAAGUCAUCAUAAAUAACAUAAUAUGAUCCAUGAUGAUCAUUAAUACAUUUCAAUUAUAUAAUGAUUAAUUUAAACAAAUCAUUUCAUUUCAUUCCUUCAAUUGAAAAAGAUCAAUAUUAACAUGAAUGAUUGUUUUCAUUCUUUGUAAUUGUUUCUUUUAAUUUUAUCAUUGAGUUAUUUCUUUAUAUAAUUAAUUAUAAUUAUGAUUAAUAAUGAA